UCUCACAGACGGACUGCCUCCUGUUGAAAGCAGAGCGGGAGGUCGAUGCUUCCACACGGAAAAGAAAAGAAUAGCUUGCCAUCGCGUCCUUUUUUUUUUUUUACUGUCUUCACUCGCUGGUAUCGAUAAAAAGAUGCAAAGUAAAACCAUGCAAAACAGCGUGUUUUAUUGUGCCUUUCCUGACCGGGACAAUUAGGUUUAAACGGGCAGAAAUGACAGGGUUUUUAACUGGACUGAAAAAAGGAGCACAUUCUCGGCGUGUGGUGGAAGAGAGAGGGGGGGAUUUUGUAAAGAUGUGAGAAUGCAUUAGAAUGCAAGAAAUGGUGUGAUGGCGAGAGGUACGGCUGGGAGAGAGACAGAUCUGCAUAUGGAAAUCAGGGUCUGCGUGGUUAAAAUUCUGCUGUAACUGCUGCAUUAUGUCGAAUUAGACUGGAAGGAAGACCCGCACUCAGACAGGGAAGGCUGACCUGAAAACCCACUGAAAAGUCCCGGCCCGAAACAGGUGCCCAUGUGUAAUAACUAAUGGGUUGGAAAUUUACGAAAGGCGCCCAUUUUUAAGUAUUGUGGCCCAUCUUUAUAGCAUGGCCUUUGUUUUUGCUUUAGCAUAAUUAAAAUACACCAAGCAGGUGUUUUGUCGAUUACACACACACACACAAGAACGAGUCGCCAUUUGUCGUGUACAAACUAAAUCAAAAUAAAUGUAUAUUUAAUUAAAGAUAUACAAACCCUUAACUAAAAUAAAAAUGUAAAUCUAGUCUUUAAAUAGAAAAGAACGGGACUAAUCUUGUUUUUUUUUUUGUUUUUUUUUCUCGUUAUGAGAAAAAAGAAAACAAGUUCAACUCCCCUCUAUCUAAGGACUAGGAUUGUCGUGUCCUGGAGGAGUCAGGAUCUACACCAACGUAAAUCUAUCCUGUAUGUUUUAUUUUAACAGCUAAACGUUGCCUCGUUGAACGACACAGCGAAUCAGGAAGUACUCGGCAGGGAAACCUCUCGUCAACUACCCAAGGCAGGACAAGCCACGCCCAAGUUGAAACUUCUGACCAAUCAGGUUGACGCGAGGAGAGUUUACGCAUGCGUAUGAUUUAGGCGCGGGAGAAGAGAGACCGAAAACCAAAACAACAUUAAUGACGGCUGAUGAAUUUGUACACAUUGAAACGUCAUUUGCACAAGAUAAUUAAAGUAGAGUUUGAAAUUAAAGCCUCUGUCCAGGUUGAUGAGUGGAGACACUGAUUGUCCACCAACAGCAUGGCCGAAGAGUUCAGCGAGUCUCUCACGCCACCAGUUUCCCCCUUUGCCGCAGACAGUCAGUGUGAUCUGGCGGCCGCUCAACCACCCUGUUUCUGCUGCUUUGAAGCUAAAGAUGACCACACUGAAGCUCUGUCCUCUGAGGGAUACCUUGGACGAGGUUCCCUGAAACGGUUGCUGCUACGUCUUGACCCAGCCCCUACUGGGUUUGAGACGGACACGGUGGACAUUUUUGGCUUUCCCUGGGUUACAGAAACCGCACUGGUGGAAUCGACCAAAUUGCUCUUUGGUCUGUUUAGACAAACUUUUUACAAGUUGGAGACUUUGGUCCAGUCGAGCUCACAUGACUUUGGACAAGCAGGGAACCUGCAUUGUGAAUCAGAGAACCUUCGGCAGCAGUGUGUUUCAUUUCUUCAGUAUGUUAAGGUCUUUUUGCACAGAUACCUGGAACCGUCCCUGGAUGCAGCUCACUCACAUCCCUAUGAGCAGCUGGAACAGCAGUUCCCCUCCGCUCUUCUGGAGGAACUGUUCGGCAUCACUCUCCUCACAGGACGGCUGAAAGACCUGCCUGCAGGUGUUCAAAGUGCCUUCAGUAUGCAGAACCACGGAAAGAUUUUUCCUCCCUCCUGGCAUUUGUUGCACCUUCAUCUUGACAUUCACUGGUCAGUCCUGGAAAUCCUACAUGUGCUGGGUCACAGGAUGCAAAGCCAGGUGGUUUACGCCCACCAGUUUGUGAACCUGACGGGAGAGAACCUCACCGAUACGAGUCUGUUUGAGGAGCACCUGUGCUCUCUGCUGUGUGACCUAACGGGUCUGGCUAUGGGCAAAUACAGCAAGGUGAGACCCACAGAGAUGCUGAGCAGCAAUCCUUUCCACUGCCUCUGCACCAAAGAGCUCUGGGUGCUGCUCAUGUACCUUCUGGAGUAUAGAAACAAAGUUCUGCGCACACAGUCUUUUUGGAGCUACAUGAACUCUUUGCUGAAGCCCUUGGUUACCAGGCAGCCUCCAUCAGAGCACUUGGGUGGCCUUCCGACACACUGUAAAGACCCUCUGGGAUUCACAUGGUGGCUCCUCACUCAUCUGGCCAUGUUGGGCCAGUACAGUCGGAACGGCACAGUCCAGAAUGAGAAGCAUUUUGGGGAUAACUGGACAUUUGUGGAAGGACUGCUCAAAAUGACCUGUAACCCCAAGGGUGGUCUUGCAGAGGAGCAGGUCAGGAUGCACGUGCACUGCUGUCUCAGUCUGUCUCUGCUGUGGGAGCCAAGCACCGCUGCUGUCUCCACCCUCUGGGAGUACUACAGCAAGAACCUGAAUGCCUCAUUCACAGUGCCGUGGUUGGGAGUGUCAGGCCUGGGCACACUGUGCAAGACGCCUCUAGCUUUGUUGGAGCAGGCACACAGCUGCUGCUCCCCCUCUGCCCUGCGCUCUCCGGGUCACACCCAGCUCUAUCGCUCUGCCAACUCCUUCCACAUCUUCCUUCGAGUGCUGGCCCUGUGCCUUGGCCAGGACAGGGCUGGUGGCGUCCCACAGAGGCAGAUCAAGGGGAGGAUUUACUCAAAGUUCUCAUCGAAGAAGAUGCAGGAGCUGUCAGAAGGAGGUCUCAUGAACUUUCUGCUCCUUUUCCUGGUAGUGGCCAGGCAGGUGGAGCUGGAGGAUGUGGCCAACAGAGCUUGUGAGCUCCUUGGCAUCUUGCCCUCUAACUGCCCCCCUGCACAUCGCACGCUGGUCUGGAGAGGGCAGUUAUCUCUACUGUUACUUUUUCAGGAGAGAGGUUUAGAUGUUGGUGCUCAGGCUAGCUGGUUGGCUUCCUCCUUUAACAAGACAGCCAAGGAGUUCUACGAUAAGACCACCGAGGUCCCUCGCAGACUCGCCCUCUGGGGACCCCUGGGCUCUUAUCUGGAAGGUGUGGCCGAGGUGUUCGAGACGAGCGCCAGCCUCAGCCUAUCGGAGGAAAAGCUGCUUAACGAAGGCUUUGAUUGGUUGCUGCCAGCUUGUCGUCAGUCUGAACUGAACUCAGUCCUGAGCUUUCUGCAGAUCGUGCUGGCACAGCUCAGACGGGUCCAUCAGCGCAGUGUCCAGUCAGCGCCCGCCCCGGCCUGGGCUCCAGGCGCAGCCAGCGUGAUUAAGGAGCGCCACCUAGCAGUGGCUUCUGCUCUGUGGGUCCACUUCUUCCCCUUCCUGCGCAGCUUACGCCUGUCCCAGACCCCUCCAGCACAGCUGGCAGAUGCUGCUGCAGGUUUCACCUUGCUCGCCUUUGAUCAGCCCGGUUCCGCCCCUCAGGACCUGCAGCCCAACCCGGUUCAGUCCACCAUGCAGUUCUUUGGCUGGGACAAUAUGGUUCACCCGCUUCUUGUGACUCGCUACCUUCCCCAUCUGCUCCAGAACAGUGAGCUGGUGUCCUCGCUAAGCUGCGGUCCUAGCGGUGCAGCCCCGUGUUCGGCUCAAGGCCUUUCAGUGAGAGCGUGGAUCCGAUGCGUCCUGCAGCAACACCUUCACAAGAACCCAGACGGGACUGAGAGCAAAACGGCCCGGGCUGUGGGGGAGCAGCUGUGUGAACUGACCCGCCUUGUCCUGAGACUUCCAGAGGUGGACAGUAUUCUGCAAAGAGCUGGACUUCCUUCCACAGCUGCCAGGGGUGAGCCAACCUCAGCCCUGGAGAUGUUUGUCAAGGCCAUAGGCACCGUCUACAGUGAGCUGCAGCUGUUGUCGGAGCGGUCAGCCAUGGUUACCCGAGCCCUUGACUACAUUGGUGACAUCCUGAAAUACAUGAGACCUUAUGUAGGCAACAAGAACCAGGAGGGAAUGCAGCUGGCAUACAGGGCUGUAGGCUGCAUAGUGAAGCACUGGAGCCCCCUGCUGGCCACUUCAAAAGCUCAGCAGCUGCUGUUCCGAAUCGUGAAUAGUCUGCUCCUUCCCCCCAAACUCCCACAGCAAGACAAGGCUCUGAGGGACAGCUUACCUCUUUAUCUGCAGGGUCUGUCAGUGGCCUCAAGCAUAUCUCAGUCCCAGGGAGCUUGUCUGAAGCAGCAGCUUCACUCUGUAACCCACAGAUACCUGGACCAUUUUCUCCCUCCCUCACCCUCUCUGGGCAUCAUCGCCAACCACCCGGUGCUGCUUGGUGCAUGUGAGACCACCCCGACAGUGAGGGGAGUAGCACUUAGGAGGACCAUACUGGAGGUGCUUUGUGAGAAUUUCCUGCUGUUCAAAAGCCACGCCCCCCCUCCUCGCCUCGCAUCCGUCUUGAUGUUCCUGUUGGAGCUUUUGAGACGAAACAGUGACACAGACGUUUCCCUGCUCACUCUAUCCCUUCCCUCUCUGCUGCGCUGCUUGAUGCUGGUCAGUGAGCCAAUAGUAAGGAAGACGAGCACAGAUGCAUUGCAGCUAGUGGUGGAACGAUGUGCUGCUGCAUCUACUGAAAGGCCAUGUGAGCUGAUGAUCACCGUCUUACGGUCGUUCGUGGAGGAGAACGUGGGAGUCUACGACAGGCAGGUGUACGGGGUCCUGGAGACCGUAGCCGUCUUGGAUCCCACUGUGGUUCAGGCUCUCAUUCCCAACAUGACUCUCAGUCUGAGAAACGCUGAACACAAAAGGGGACUGGGCAAGAACAUCGCUUUGAGGGGCGCGUACAUGAAGCUGCUGUCUCUGCUUGGACAAAGUGGGCAGGCUGAAAUAACCAGUCUGGAGGGCGAUUAGGAGGUUUUUCUGAUAGAAGGACAAAGCUUCUGACACUACUCAGGAAAUCAGUCAGAUUUCAGACCAGUCAUACCCACCAAACUCUGACAAACUUCCUCAUCUGGUAGAAAUAGGAGAACAAUGAAGUCUGUUUGUGGUAACUGUUCAAUAUCCUGGAACAUCACAAAACAGAAACAACAAGAUGGUCUUAAGAGGCAUUAUUGGUGGAGUCUGAACAUUUUCAAACGCAUAAGGCUGUGAUCGCAAAGUUGUACAUUCUUGACAUAUAGAAAAGAAUGUACAGCUUUACAUUUUGACACGUCCUAAAUUUUAAAAUAAAUUCCCAUCUCCUUCCAUG